AUGUCAACAGAGAAGGUGGUACUAUCAAAUACACGACGAGAUGCAAUCUUCAAACAACUAAAAACUAAAAAUGGAAAUAAUUAUUGUUUUGAAUGUGGAACUCCAAAUCCUUCUUGGGCAUCUGUUCCUUAUGGAAUUUUCAUUUGUAUUCAAUGUAGUGGUAAACAUCGUGGACUUGGUGUUCAUCUUUCAUUUGUACGUUCAAUUGACAUGGACACAUGGACAGAUAAACAAAUGAGCAAUAUGAUUAAUGGAGGAAAUGACAAGUUUAAGGCAUACUUAAAAUCAUGUAAAAUAAACAUGAAUGCACCAUGGAAUAUGAGAUAUGCUUUGCCACAAUGUGAACGAUAUAAGCAAAUGUUAAAAGACAUUGCGGAUGGAAAAGCUUCUCCAAAUUCAAUUCAAGUUACUAAAACUGCACCAACAAGUCCACCAACAACUUCUUCACCAAUUCAAUCAAAACCUAGUGUAGUUCUUUCUGCACCAACAAAACCAGUUGUAACAAAAGUAAAGAAAAGUGUUCAUCUUGCUGAAAAGAAAGGAAAUAGUACUUCUAUAGGUGAACCUAAAAAAGUUAAGAUAAUUGAAAAAGCAAAAACUCCUAACACAACAACUAUCUCAGACGAUGAAUGGGCAAAUGCUGCUUUAUCAAUCAAUUCUAGUACAAGUUCCCCAUUUCUUAAAUCAAAGAAAAGUCCAAUUGAAGAUGAAGAAGAUGAAUGGGAUACUUGGCAAUCACGACAACAAAAAGCUAAAACUCCAACUCUUGCUACUGACAAUUAA